AUGAGUAUCCGGGAACAGAUUUCUGAAGUAUAGAAUAACAUUUCCGGUUUUUUUUAUAUAGUAAAGUAGGUUAUUUUAAACGCCGGCGAUAUAAAUAACUUUAUAGUUAUUUCCGUACCUAUGCUAUUAAUCUCGAGGGGUUAUCUUAACUUCACCGGAUGUGUAAGCGAGCUCACGGGCCCAACCUGAGAGAAUUUGCUAACACUAGCCCUAGCAAGAGCAGUGCUUCGCAGAAUCUAUCAUCGGAUCGGAAUCGCCACCCACUGAGAAGAUCCGGCGAGAAGCUCAGUGGGCUCAUGCACUGAUGCUGCAUUAGCGCCCAGAGGAAGUCUCGUCGCGAAUAGACUGACUUAAUCUCCUGGUAGUUCCAAAACAGAGUAAAUUUUUCUCAUGUUAGAGUUAUGAACUUAAAGUUGUAUUUAGAUUUGUCCAUUAGGUCUUAUUUCCUUCAGAUACAGAGCAAAACGCACUGGCAGCUUACAGCCGCUGAGAAAAAUCAAUUGCAAUAUUCCCGCCUUCCCGUCGGUUGUCAUAGCUACGCGUAAACAGUGUCGAGACGCGGUGCUCGGAAGUGCACGUUGCGCAGCUCAUUUUCGUAUUUGAUUUACCGAAAUAUUAUUGUGCAUUGUGUUGUGCUAUGGCCGAAGAAGGUGCCGCAACGCAGGGAGGCGCCGAAAAGGUGGUCCACACGUAUCCGUUAAUAAGACAUUCAGAUAUGUCUGAAGAGAUGCGGACGGAGGCAGUGGAACUCUCCGUGACGGCUUGCGAGAAAUUCGCACAGAACAAUGAGUUGGCCGCGAGAAUGGUCAAAGAGUCCAUGGACAAGAAGUUCGGUCCUGCCUUCCAUGUUGUCGUCGGCGAGAGUUACGGCUUCGAAAUCACGUACGAGUGCACAACCAUAUGUUACAUGUAUUUUGGCGGGAACCAAGCGAUUUGCAUAUGGAAGUGCUCGUAAGCUGUAACGUUUUUUGGAAACGUUUCUGUGACAUUAUUUAAGGAGAGAGUUUAUUUUGUGUCGAAUAAGGUACGAUUCAUUUUAAUUAUUGUAAAUACUUUCAUGAAUUCUCUUGAUAAACGGAAAUAAAGAUUAUUUACGAAAUCAACAGGGGAUAUACUUAAUGGUGUAGAUUUUAUUUUGUUAGAUUUAAUGAAAAGAUUUAAAGCUAUUUUUAAUCUGUAACUUAAAUAUUUCUGUGUAUGUGUAAACAUAACAAUUGUAAUAUAAAUGUUUUUUAAUGAUAUACAUAUAUCUAUUUAGUAAUAAAGCUAUAGAUUUAUUUUUUAUUAUUUUAAAUGUAAUUUACUCCAAUAUACUUUAUUCUCUGUAAUUAAUAUAUUUAUUAAAACAGUCAA